AUGCGGUUCAACAAAGUGCAAAGUCCUGCAUCUGGGGAGGAACAACCCCAGGGACCAGUAUGUGUUGGGGGACACCCACCUGGAAAGAAGUUUUGUAAAGGUGUGGAAAUCAGGGUGGACACCAAGCUGAACAUGAUCCAGCAAUGCACUGUUACAGCAAAGAAGGCUAAUUAUAUCCCAGGAUGCAUUAGGAGUAUUGAUAACAGCUCAAGGAAGGUGACUGUUGUCCUCUGUUCAUCACUGGCGAGGGCACACCUGGAAUGCUGUGUUCAGUUCUGGGCUCCACAGUACAAAAGAGACACUGACAUGUCUCACAUUAAAGCCCUGGAAACUCAGCUAAGAGUAAACACUUCAAAUUUUAUUGGAUUCUUUGAUAUAAAAGUGAUGCUGGAGAUUAUUAACCUACGCAGAAUCUUGGAUUCCAGAGAUAGCAAAGCAUCUGAGGAAUACAUCAGAGGGCUAUGGUUGCAGGAAGUUUCAGAGCGUGGUGGCUUCCUUAGCCCUGUUGACAGGGGAGAGCUCCGUUUGCCUUUCGGCAGUCAGGAACUUCCUCCGGUGACUGAGGAAAGUGAUGUGAGGAGGGGGCUGCAGCAUGGUACUGUGGAGAAAGGUCAGGAGAAGGUAUGCCUUCUCAGAGCUUUUGAAGGAAAUUAUUGGCCUCACUUUUUUCUCCAAAACCAGAAAGAAUCUCUGCAAAGAAUUCUGAGCAAGGAUUCCUGUUCUACCUGGGGCGGAGGGCAUUUUUCCACCUUUGAUAAAUACCAGUAUGACUUCACUGGCACCUGCAACUAUAUCUUUGCAACUGUAUGUGAUGAAGCCAGCCCUGACUUCAACAUACAGUUCCGCCGUGGGCUGGACAAAAAAAUUGCAAGGAUCAUUAUUGAGCUGGGACCUUCUGUUGUCAUUGUUGAGAAAGGCAGCAUUUCUGUCAGGAAUGUUGGUGUCAUUAAGUUGCCUUACACCAGCAAUGGAAUUCAAAUAGCACCUUAUGGACGCAGCAUUCGUCUGGUGGCCAGACUGAUGGAGAUGGAGCUAGUUGUCAUGUGGAACAAUGAUGACUAUCUCAUGGUUUUGACUGAAAAAAAAUAUAUGGGGAAAACCUGUGGAAUGUGUGGAAAUUAUGAUGGUUAUGAAUUGAAUGAAUUUGUGAGUGAAGGUAAAUUGCUGGAUACAUAUAAAUUUGCUGCAUUACAAAAAAUGGAUGAUCCAUCGGAGAUCUGCCUGUCUGAGGAGAUAUCAAUUUCCCCUGUUCCUCACAAAAAAUAUGCCAUGAUCUGCUCUCAGCUACUUAACUUGGUAUCACCAACCUGCAGUGUGCCAAAGGAUGGGUUUGUCAUUCGUUGCCAGCUUGAUAUGCAGGACUGCAGUGAACCAGGACAAAAGAAUUGCACUUGCCCUACACUGUCAGAGUAUUCAAGGCAGUGUGCUAUGUCCCAUCAAAUGGUAUUCAACUGGAGAACUGAAAACUUCUGCUCUGUGGGAAAAUGUUCUGCUAACCAAAUCUAUGAGGAAUGUGGUUCUCCAUGUAUUAAAACCUGUUCCAACCCAGAGUACAGCUGUUCCAGUCACUGUACCUAUGGUUGCUUUUGUCCAGAAGGAACAGUUCUUGAUGACAUCUCAAAGAAUCGAACAUGUGUUCACAUUAAGCAAUGUCCAUGUACACUAAAUGGGAAAACAUAUGCUCCUGGUGAGACAAUGAAAGCAGCAUGUAGGACCUGUAAAUGUACAAUGGGUCAAUGGAACUGCGAAGACUUGCCCUGCCCUGGAAGGUGUUCACUGGAAGGAGGCUCCUUUGUUACCACAUUUGAUUCUAGAUCAUACAGGUUCCAUGGGGUUUGCACUUACGUUCUUAUGAAGAGUCCCAGCCUGCCACACAAUGGAACUCUAAUGGCUGUAUAUGAAAAGUCUGGUUAUUCUCAUUCUGAGACAUCACUUAGUGCUGUAAUUUACCUGUCUACAAAGGAUAAAAUUGUGAUUUCUCAGAAUGAGCUCCUUACUGACGAUGAUGAACUUAAGCGGCUACCUUACAGAUCAGGAGACAUCACUAUUUUCAGACAGUCCUCGAUGUACAUUCAAAUGUAUACAACCUUCGGGCUGGAACUUGUAGUUCAAACGUCACCUGUUUUCCAGGCCUAUGUUAAAGUUGGACCACAAUUCAAAGACAGAACUCUAGGUUUGUGUGGCAAUUACAAUGGAGACACUACAGAUGACUUCAUGACUAGCAUGGAUAUCACUGAAGGGACAGCCUCCUUGUUUGUAGAUUCCUGGAGGGCAGGAAAUUGCCAUCCUGCUUUAGAGAGAGAUACUGACCCUUGUGCUUUGAGUCAACUGAACAAAAUAUCUGCUGAGACUCAUUGCUCCAUUCUUACCAAGAAGGGUACAGUGUUCGAGAAAUGCCAUGCUGUGGUGAACCCUAUUUCUUUCUACAAGAGAUGUGUCUACCAAGCCUGUAAUUAUGAAGAGACCUUUCCUUACAUUUGUUCUGCUCUGGGAUCAUAUGCACGAACAUGCAGUUCAAUGGGUUUAAUCCUUGAGAACUGGAGAAACAGUAUGGACAACUGUACUAUUACUUGUACUGGCAAUCAGACAUUCAGCUACCACACUCAGGCAUGUGACAGGACAUGCUUGUCACUCUCAAACCGAGCCCUGGAGUGUCAUCCAACUGACAUCCCUAUUGAAGGCUGCCACUGUCCUCAAGGACUGUACUUGAACCACAAGAAUGAGUGUGUUCGUAAAUCUUAUUGUCCUUGCUAUUUAGAAGAUAGAAAGUACAUCUUGCCUGACCAGUCAAUAAUAACUGGUGGGAUUACCUGCUACUGCGUUAAUGGAAGGUUAAGUUGCACAGGCAGACCUCAAAAUCCUGCAGAAAGCUGCAAAGCUCCUAAGAAAUAUAUAUCAUGUUCUGAUAGUUUAGAAAACAAGUAUGGAGCUGCAUGUGCCCCUACCUGUCAGAUGCUUGCUACUGGAAUUGAAUGUAUACCAACUAAAUGUGAAUCUGGCUGUGUCUGUGCUGAUGGGCUAUAUGAAAAUCUAGAUGGCAGGUGUGUUCCAGCUGAGGAGUGUCCAUGUGAAUAUGGUGGUCUUGCUUAUGGAAAAGGUGAACAGAUCCAAACUGAAUGUGACAUCUGCACUUGCAAAAAAGGCAAAUGGAAAUGUGUUAAGAAAUCAGUGUGUUCCUCAACAUGUAAUCUGUAUGGAGAAGGCCACAUCACCACUUUUGAUGGACAGCGUUUUGUGUUUGAUGGCAACUGUGAAUACAUAUUAGCUAUGGAUGGCUGCAGUGUUAAUAGACCGGUUUCCUCUUUCAAAAUUGUUACCGAGAAUGUCAUCUGUGGGAAAUCAGGGGUUACAUGCUCCAGAUCCAUUAGCAUUUACCUUGGGAAUUUGACAUUCAUACUGCGAGAUGAAACCUUCACUGUAUCUGGAGAAAAUCCCGGAGUACAAUAUAAUGUCAAAAAGAACGCUCUUCAUCUGAUGUUUGAUGUCAUUAUCCCAGGAAAAUACAACAUGACUCUUAUCUGGAAUAAGCACAUGAACUUCUUCAUCAAAAUCUCCAGAGAAACACAGGAAACUAUAUGUGGUUUGUGUGGGAACUACAAUGGCAAUAUGAAGGAUGAUUUUGAAACUCGAAGCAAGUAUGUAGCAUCAAAUGAACUGGAAUUUGUCAAUUCUUGGAAAGAGAAUCCUCUCUGUGGGGAUGUAUACUUUGUAGUGGACCCCUGUAGCAAGAAUCCUUAUCGUAAAGCAUGGGCAGAAAAGACAUGUUCCAUCAUCAACAGCCAAGUCUUUUCCACCUGUCACAAUAAGGUGAAUCGCAUGCCCUAUUAUGAGGCCUGUGUUCGAGACUCCUGUGGUUGUGACAUUGGAGGGGACUGUGAAUGCAUGUGUGAUGCUAUUGCAGUAUAUGCCAUGGCAUGCUUAGAUAAAGGUAUCUGCAUUGACUGGAGGACCCCUGAGUUCUGUCCUGUUUAUUGUGAGUAUUACAACUCUCAUAAAAAAAAAAGAAAUGAUGAUGGUUAUUCCUAUGGCUACAACAAUGACAACUGCACCUGGCAUUACAGACCUUGUAACUGUCCAAAUCAAAACUACAAAUAUGUCAACAUUGAAGGCUGUUACAACUGUUCUCAUGAUGAAUACUUUGACUAUGAGAAGAAAAGAUGUAUGCCAUGUGGACAUGCAAUCAGUAGUACCACACCUGAAACAUCUCCACCUUCAACAGUAACAACAGGGCAGCCUAAAGUAUCAAGAAGCUCUACUGCAAGUACCCUACCAGUGGUACCUAGUAUUUCUUCUGCAGCUACUGUAUCCAUUGAGACUACAAAUCCCACAGUAACCUCAAAAAUCACGGUUCCAGUAACUUCACCAACAUCCCCUCUUGGCACAAUAAUGCCAACAACUGGUAGGUUUCUAGUGCUGCUGUCUAAAAUAAAUAAUAAACAUACUACAUCAAUUUUUACCACACCAAACAUGACUACAUCCAUCAGUACCCCUUCCAUAACUACCUCAACAAAAAGAGCUAUGACGCCUAAAACAAAGCCUACAUCUGUUGCCUCAUCAACCACUGCUUCAACAGAGACGGAACAAGUAAGGUUCACCUCACCACCCUUCAAGACCACUAUCAAAAAGGAAACUACAACCACCGCAAUACCUACUCAGACCACAUCUCAGAUCACAACUUUCAGCAAACCUGAACUAACAACAGAAGUCUCGGAGGGGAGACAUGCACAUCCAGAGAGGCUUUUAUUUCCUCAGGACCUCCAGAAAGAGGCAGGGGGUGCUGAAUUGUGUAAAGGUACCCUUCAGGCCCAGUUCUUGCCAUAUAUUUUUUUGAGUGGAAGCCAGCCAUUGGUCCAUUUAUCCCUCUUGCCCAGUAAGACUCAGUGUGGUCUGGUCAUACUCAUACUCUGGAGCUUCUGCGUGGGGACUGCCCACCUUCUUUGCCUUCCCUUCUUGCCAUGCCACCUGCAAUCGACCUGUGCUUUUCUCUCUGUAGCUGUCACCCACAGAAGACCAACAAAGCCACACCUUGUGCAGCAUCACAUCACACAGAAGACCACCCCUUCCACAUCCACCAGCAGCACCUCCAUCCCAAGAAUGACCAUCCGUGCCAGCAGCCCAGAAGUCCCACUGACAAAGAUGUCUCCAAUUCCCAGCUCUUUAGCUGCCACCUCAGCCUCAUCUGCUUCUUCCCCCUCCUCUACUGUGCCCUCAACACGGUUAAGACCAUCAUAUCCUGCAAGGGAGCCAACAAGAGCUAGGACUCCAACUAGUAAAGUAGUAACAGCCUUCACUCACACAGAGACAACCGUGCCACACAUCGUACCACCUCUGACCACACACAAGACCACUGCCACCACCUCUGCCAGCAGCACCUCCAAAACCUCCGUCUCCAGAGAGGCCAUCAGCACAAGCAGCACAGAAGUCCCACACACAAGGACGUCUCCAAGUCCCAGCUCCGCAUCUGGCCCCAGCAGCCCGCUCAGCACCUGGAUGCCACCUACUGCUACUUCCACAGUCUCCUCCACAUCAGCCCCAAGCACCAGUCCCAAGCCAACACCUACAACUCUGUGGCUCAAGCCAUCUUCCCCAAUGACAAGUGCUCCAAGAGAAUCACCUGCAACAGAGUCCUCUGCACCCUCCACAGCUAAAACUAGCCCAGUAUUUUCACCUGCAUCUUCCCCCUCCUCAGCCAUGUCCUCAACAUGGCGGAUCUCCUCUCAGCCUGCCCUCACCCACACAGAGACAACCGUGCCACACAUCGUGCCACCUCUGACCACACAUAAGACCACUGCCACCACCUCUGCCAGCAGCACCUCCAAGACCUCUGUCUCCAGAGAGGUCAUCACCACAAGCAGCACGGAAGUCCCCCACACAAGGACAUCUCCAACUCCCAGCUCUGUGCAUGUCCCUAGCAGCUCUAUCAGCACCCAGCUGCCACCUACUACUACUUCCACAGUCUCCUCCACAUCAGCCCCAACCACCAGUCCCAAGCCAACACCUACAACCCUAUGGUCCAAGCCGUCUUCCCAGACAACAAGUGCUCCAAGAGAGUCACCUGCAACAGAAUCGUCUGCACCCUUCACAGCCAAAACCAGCCCAAUGUCUUCACCUGCAUCUUCUCCCUUCUCAACUAUGUCCUCAACAUGGCAGAUCUCCUCUGAACCUGCCCUCACCCAUGGAGAGACAACCGUGCCACACAUCGUGCCACCUCUGACCACGCACAAGACCACUGCCACCACCUCUGCCAGCAGCACCUCCCAGACCUCUGUCUCCAGAGAGGCCAUCAGCACAAGCAGCACAGAAGUCCCUCACACAAGGAUGUCUCCAAGUCCCAGCUCUGCGCCUGUCCCCACCAGCCCACUCAGCACCUGGCUGCCACCUACUGCUACUUCCACAGUCUCCUCCACAUCAGCCCCAACCACCAGCCCCAAGCCAACACCUACAACUCUAUGGCUCAAGCCGUCUUCCCAGACAACAAGUGCUCCAAGAGAGUCACCUGCAACAGAGUCCUCUGCACCUUCCACAGCCAAAACCAGCCCAGCUCCUUCACCUGCAUCUUCCCCCUCCUCAACCACGUCCUCAACAUGGCGGAUCUCCUCUCAGCCUGCCUUCACUCACACGAAGACAACCAUGCCACACAUCGUGCCACCUCUGACCACGCACAAGACCACCACCACUGCCUCUGCCAUCAGCACCUCCCAGACCUCUGUCUCCAGAGAGGUCAUCAGCACAAGCAGCACAGAGGUCCCCCACACAAGGAUGUCUCCAAGUCGCAGCUCUUUGUCUGCUCCCAGCAGCUCUCUCAGCACCCGGCUGCCCCCUACUGUUACUUCCAUGUCAGCCCCAACUACCAGUCCCAAGCCAACACCUACAACCCUAUGGCCCGAGCUGCCUUCCCAGACAACAAGUGCUCCAAGAGAGUCACCUGGAACGGAGUCCUCUGCACCUUCCACAGCCAAAACCAGCCCGAUGUCUUCACCUGCAUCUUCCCCCUCCUCAACCAUGUCCUCAACACAGUUGAUCUCCUCUCAGCCUGCCUUCACCCACACAGAGACAACCGUGCCACACAUGGUACCACAUCUGACCAUGCACAAGACCACUGCCACCACCUCUGCCAGCAGCACCUCCAAGAUCUCUGUCUCCAGAGAGGCCAUCAGCACAAGCAGCACAGAAGUUCCUCACACAAGGAUGUCUCCAAGUCCCAGCUCCGUGCCUGUCCGCAGCAGCUCGCUCAGCACCUGGUUGCCACCUACUGCUACUUCCACAGUCUCCUCCACAUCAGCCCCAACCACCAGUCCCAAGCCAACACCUACAACUCUGUGGCUCAAGCCGUCUUCCCAGACAACAAGUGCUCCAAGAGAGUCACCUGCAACAGAGUCCUCUGCACCUUCCACAGCCAAAACCAGCCCAACUCCUUCACCUGCAUCUUCCUCAUCCUCAGCCAUGUCCUCAACAUGGCGGAUCUCCUCUCAGCCUGCAGCCUUCACCCACACAGAGACAAUCGUGCCACCUCUGACCACACACAAGACCACCACCACCACCUCUGCCAGCAGCACCUCCAAGACCUCUGUCUCCAGAGAGGCCACAAGCAGCACAAAAGUCCCCCCUACAAGGACAUCUCCAAGUCCCAGCCCCACGCCUGUCCCCAGCAGCCCGCUCAGCACCUGGAUGUCACCUACUGCUACUUCCACAGUCUCCUCUACAUCAGCCCCAACCACCAGCCAUAAGCCUACACCCCUCACUACUUCAACUGCUAAGAGCACUACGUAUCUUUCCUCCCAAAACACCACAUUUAUUCCACAUGGCAAAACAACUUCAUUAAUAGUUCCUACCAGUGUCUUUCCCACAUCCACUCCAGUUUUGAUCCCAACUGUUUUGUCUACAACAAUUUCUUUUGCACCCGGUGUUGUUACUACUGCUUCUACAGAGUCAGUAGAAAGGACUUCUCUGCGAACAACAACACUAACCACUACCCGCACUACAUCAGCUCCUUUCACCACUAGACUGUCAACAUCCUUGUCUUCUGCUGUACCAUUAACAGUGCCACAAGAGCGCUGUAGAGAAAUAAAGUAUGAAGAAAAAAUAACUUACAAAGGCUGUUCUACAAAUGUCACUUUAAGCCGCUGUGAAGGAUCAUGUCCAUCCUCAACAAAGUUGAAUGUUGAGGAGAUGGUGGUCAACACGGCAUGUGGCUGCUGUAGGCCACUUCAGCUUCUUAAGAAGGAACUUCAACUGCCAUGCCAAGACCCAGAUAACCCUGGAAAAAGGCUCAUGAGAGAAGUAAUUAUAUUUAGUGGCUGUGUUUGUGACUUGGACAGUUGCAUACACUAGCCAGAGCUCCAGAUGGCUUCAGACACCUUUUUUGGUUGGGUU